GAUUCAGCGCACCACGUUGUCAUCGUCCCGUGAUCCCGUUCUCCGCCUUUGACCCCUUCCUGGGGCGACCCUGACGCAAACCUACUCCUCCCUCUUUCUUCCCCUUCCCCGACUCCACCAGUCUUGUCGCAUUACGAUCACUCUCCCUCAGCCCAUCGCGCACCUAACCAACGCAAUGUGGCGCUCCUCUUCCUCGUCUGCUCGCUCUCUCUUCCGCACCCUACUCGGCGGCUCUCUCGGGACCACCAGCUGCCGCCCCGCGAAGCGCUCGAUCCUGCCAUCCCUCCCUCGUGCCAUCCUCUUCUGCUCCUCCUUCUCUGACUCUGGUUCCCGUUCCCCCUCCGCCAACGGUGGAGCCGGCGGCAGUGGCUCAGCGGACUCGAUCACGUUCGCGGAGGCGAAGCGGCUGAUGCGACUGGUGAACGUAGAGUCGCUCAAGCGGAAGCUGGAGAGGGACGGGGAGGAGGUGAUCGGGUACUCGCAGCUCCUGGAGGCGUGCGAGGGGAUGGGGGUGGCCCGCUCUCGGGAGGAGGCCGGAGCCUUCGCCCACGUCUUGGACGAGGCCGGCGUCAUCCUCUUGUUUAGGGAUAAGGUAUAUCUCCACCCGGAAAAGGUUGUGGAUCUUAUAAGAAGGGCUGUCCCUCUUUCUUUGACACCUGAGAAUGACCCAAGGAGAGAAGAGUUGAAGCAGCUGCAGGAGAAGAAACAAGAAAUCGAUAUGCUUGCUCACAAGCAAGUCCGUCGCAUACUUUGGUUAGGGUUGGGAUUCCUAAUCGUUCAGAUUGGUCUCUUCUUUCGGCUUACAUUCUGGGAGUUCUCAUGGGAUGUCAUGGAGCCAAUAGCCUUCUUCGCCACUACAGCUGGCAUUCUUUGUGGAUAUGCCUACUUCCUUUUUACAUCGAGAGAUCCGACAUACCAAGACUUUAUGAAGAGGCUGUUCUUGUCAAGACAAAAGAAACUAUUUCAGAAGCAUAGUUUUGACAUUCAGAGAUAUAUUGAACUGCAGAAACAUUGCAAGAGCCCACUGGACAAAGUAGUUACAGCAGAGAAUAUAACUGAGACCAACGUCCCUCAUUUUCAACAUUUUUAAUUUACUAGUAAUGAUCUUUAUUUUCAGAGCUUUCAAGUCUUUUUAAUGCUUUGAGGCUAUAAUACCACAAUUUUUGCUGUUUCUGUAGCUGCCUUUUAAUUUAUUGUGCUGUUAAUCCUGAACAUGUAAUGCCACUGAAGGAGGCUGCAGAGUGAUUUUGUUUACAUCAAUCAUUUCUGACAAAUGACUGUUAUAUCUC